AUGGAGAGCGGGGCCGAGAGCCUGGGGCUCGGGGAGGCCGAUGCCAGCUGGGAGCUGAUCCGGGACAAGGUCAUUGAGGAACGCUUUGGGCCAACCGUGGUGCCCGUCCCUUUCCUGGAAGACGCUGCUUCCUACGACCUGCUGACCGUCCUGAUCAAGAAACCCCCGCUGGGCCAGAGUCUGCUUCGCCGGCAGCGGUGCCUGGUGCCAGUCGGGCCCUUGGAGAACCUGCUGCACGGAGCCACCGCAGCCCGAGAGCUGACCCACUGCACCCGCGAGUACAAUGCCCGGGUGCGGGGGGAGUCCCGCUACGAGGAGACACGGCUGGUGGGUGGGGCCCUACGCCACAUCCGCCUCACCAUGGCGGGCGUCCACAAGAAGGUGGCCUUCCUGGUCCUGCGGCCUGGCGUGGUGACCCUGCGGCCAGACCUGCCGUGGCUGCGCACCCAAAGUAGCCUUUACGUGAUCUAUGAAGUCUUCUACUGCAGCAGCCUCAGCUUGGCCACCCUGCAAGGGGCCGAGCAUCGCAGCCUGCAGCUGGAGCAGCCCCUGCCCGUGGCCUUCUCCUGCCUCAAGUUUGCCCUCAGCAGCAAGGGGGUGCUGGGCUCCCAGAAGCCCAUGGGACACAGCUUGCCUGCCAAAGCGGCGUGGGUGAGGAUGGCGAUGCUCGAGGCCCCUGCCCCCACCGUGCCUCUGCAGCUGCCCCUGCCCAAGGACGGUGCAGGCGGGCGGAAGCGCUGGAGACCCUUGGGCAGGCCCUCCCGCACCCUGGCAGGGAAGUGGCCAUUCAAACGGCAUCGGCCCAGGCUGGGGCCCUCGACCACGAGCCUAGGCGACCCGGACAGGCACUCCAUGGCCCUGCCCCUCUUGGAGAGCACCACGGCCGAGAGCGACACGGAGGAGUGA